AGAGCCACCCAGGCAAGCGCACAGUCACAUCAUAGCCGCGCGGACCCUAGCCUUGCGCGCGUCUCGGACUGCACCAUUUCGCCCGGGGGAGGCGGUGGGGGGAGGAAUGCUGUGGAGCCGCCUGUGGAGACUCCUCGAAGCGCGCGGGAGGAGCUGACUGCUUCAGAAGGGAAGGAUCCCGCCAGCGCCUUUCUUCUCUGCGCCCUAGCCGGCUUUCUAGCUCCAAACGACUGGCAGAGGUUUCUGUCGUGUCCACGCCCCAUUUCUCUCUCCCCCCCCCCCAAGCCGCAGUAGCCGGGUCCUUCCUCCACCCGCUCAGUCAGUGUAACAGUGUCUCCUGGACUGAGGUAGAGUUUGCAGCGGGCUCGGCUUCCGAGGAGGCGAGGCGAAGGGGCCAUGGCGGCCACCGAGAUAGCGCGCCAGGUGGGCGAAGGCUGCCGUACUGUCCCUCUUUCUGGCCAUGUAGGAUUUGACAGCCUUCCUGACCAGCUGGUUAAUAAAUCGGUUAGCCAUGGUUUCUGUUUCAACAUCUUGUGUGUGGGAGAAACAGGGCUUGGGAAAUCAACGUUGAUGGAUACCCUUUUCAAUACCAAGUUUGAAGGUGAGCCAGCCUCUCAUUCGCAGCCAGGAGUUCAGCUGAAAUCCAGUACUUACGAUCUCCAAGAAAGCAAUGUCCAUCUGAAACUGACCAUUGUUAGCACAGUGGGCUUUGGAGAUCAGAUUAACAAAGAGGACAGCUAUAAAUCUAUUGUGGAAUUCAUUGAUGCCCAGUUCGAAUCUUACCUGCAAGAGGAACUGAAGAUCAAGCGGGUGCUACAUAACUACCAUGACUCCCGCAUCCAUGCCUGCUUGUACUUCAUUGCCCCCACGGGCCACUCUUUGAAAUCCCUGGAUUUGGUAACAAUGAAGAAGCUCGAUAGCAAGGUAAAUAUCAUUCCUAUUAUCGCCAAAUCCGAUGCCAUUUCCAAAAGCGAGCUGACGAAAUUCAAGAUUAAGAUCACAAGUGAGCUUGUCAGCAACGGGGUGCAGAUCUAUCAGUUCCCUACAGAUGACGAGUCCGUGGCAGAGAUAAACGGGACUAUGAAUGCCCACUUACCUUUCGCCGUGAUUGGCAGCACAGAAGAAAUCAAGAUAGGGAACAAAAUGAUGAAGGCCCGGCAGUAUCCCUGGGGAACUGUGCAGGUGGAAAACGAAGCGCACUGUGACUUUGUGAAGCUAAGAGAGAUGUUGAUCCGUGUCAACAUGGAGGAUCUCCGUGAACAGACACACACGCGCCAUUACGAGUUGUACCGGCGAUGUAAACUGGAGGAAAUGGGAUUUAAGGACACUGAUCCAGACAGCAAGCCAUUCAGUUUACAAGAAACCUACGAGGCCAAAAGGAAUGAGUUCCUGGGAGAGCUGCAGAAAAAGGAGGAGGAAAUGCGGCAAAUGUUUGUGCAGAGAGUUAAGGAGAAAGAAGCGGAAUUGAAAGAGGCUGAAAAAGAGUUGCAUGAGAAAUUUGACCGCCUGAAGAAGCUGCACCAGGACGAAAAGAAGAAAGUGGAGGACAAGAAGAAAUCCCUGGAUGACGAAGUCAACGCAUUUAAGCAGAGGAAGACAGCGGCCGAAUUACUCCAGUCUCAGGCUCAGCAGGCGGGAGGCUCGCAAACUCUGAAAAGGGACAAGGAGAGGAAGAACUUUUUCUGAUCUGUCUCCACCCGCUGCUCUAUAUCUGAUGGAGAAGAUUUCCACUUGAGGAAGAGUUUAGGAAUUCCCAUCCUGUUUGGGAGGGGGAGGAAUGAAUAAGUCUUUGGAUAUCUGGAAAGACUUGGUUUUGUUUUUUUCUGAUGUGCAUGGGGUGUGUUUAAAGCUGAGGUGUUUUGUGGUUUUCGCUGCAAGACAGGGAGAAUAUUGGAAAGGCAAACAUCUGUGUAUCAGUUAAAAGCUUUGAGGAGCAACCUAAAGGUGGCAGGCAAAUUAUUGAUGUAGCCAAGUGACACUGAGACAGAUUCUUUUUUUUUUAAGCAAAGUAUUUCCUUUCUAUUUUGCCUCAAUAUAAAUAUGAUGGGUGGUUUAUAAGUAUCUGUGGGAAAAAAUGUGCUAAUUCGUUGGUUUGCUUGGAUUAAAAACUAAACAAAAACUUUAAAAAUACAAGUUUUAUGCAAUGAACAGCAAACAGAGAAACACGCGACUUUGCUACCUCUUGAGGAAUAUUUAAUUUUAACACUGAAGCAAAGGACAGUGCGGGAGGGGUUGGGGGGAAGUAUAUUUUUCAUUGGGGUCAUAGAUAACCUCUGCCAUUUCGGAAAAAAAUAAUAAUCAGGUUGAUUGAGUAAUAUUUCUCAUUUAACUUUUUUUUUUAAUUAAAAAAGGUCCACUAAAGUUUCCACAGACCCUAGUGGCUGAGGAAGGACUGUGAGCCAGAAAGCACACCAUUUAUACAUUUUCACUACAAGGAUAGCCUUAAGCAAACUACUUAUUCUUCCAGCCUCAGCUGUCCACCCUCCUCCAGUCUGAGAAUAAUCAAGCUUGCCCGCCUUGCCGUCAUGUUGUAAGGAUUAACACGGUAAAAUAUGUGAAGUGUUUUCUGAACACUGGGGGAGGGGGAAGCAUUUUAGUAAAGACUUAAGUAUUAUUAACCAUGAUUAAUUUAAUCCCCGUAGUUCAGCCCUUCCCAGAUGUCUUCUGGGUUACAAACUGACUUUUCUAUUGUCGAUAUCAAGGUUGUGGAGAAAUUUGUCUGUAAUUGGUCAUCUGUUUCUUUACAAGUUAUCAUGCAAGUCAAGUGUUAACUGCCCUUAAUAAUGCAUUUUCCGAGCACUCUUGGAACUUUUCUGGAACGUUCACUGCAUGGGGGUCUGUUUCCCAAUACCUUGUUCUCUUGUCUUUUCUCUCUAUUUUUUGUUUUUGGUCUCUCUACAAACAAGAAUUGUGAUUUGACAGCUGCACUCAGUAUCUAUUUACAUGACCCACACGAAAGAACCAGCACUGUUGAGCUUGAUACCUUUCUAAUGUUGUCAAUUUUCAAUAAAAAGUAACCCUCCCCAAAAAAA